GGGAUCUAGUGGACUUUUGUGGAUGGAGGAACUUCCAACUUAUAAUAGGAGGUGAUGCCAAUGCCCACCACACCGUCUGGGGAAGCAGUAAUAUAAACAAAAGAGAAUCAUUUGAAUCCUGUACACGAAACCUACUACACCUACCUAUAUUGAAAAGGUAAAAGAAUUUUUAUAUAAGAAUUUUUGCAAAAAAUAAAACUAAAUUCAAUGACAUUGAAUGAGAACAAAGAAAAAUUGCCGGAAAUCAAUGACAACAAUAAUAAACGUGAUAAAAAAUCAAUAAAAGUCAAAGAUCCAGAAUUAUGGAGAGAUUUAUUAGCAUUUUGGAUAUUAGGUUUAUGCAAUAAUUAUGGUUAUAAAGUAAUGUUAAGUGCUGCACAUGAUAUUAUUGGAAAAUUUGAUGAACAUGGUGAUGUUAGUGAACAAAAUUUAGAAAAUAGUAGACAAUGUCAUUUGAUGUCGACUGGUGCAGUACUAUUAGCUGAUAUAAUUCCUUCACUUAUUGUAAAAUUAUCGGGACCAUUUUUACCAUUCUGGGUCAAUGUUCGAAUUUUAUUAGCAAUAUCACUUACUGUUGCUGGUUUUUGUCUUGUUGGUUUUGCACAAUAUCAAUGGAUGGCACUUUUUGGUGUUACACUUAUUUCAGCAUCAGCUGGACUUGGUGAAUCAACAUUUUUAGCAUAUUCAUCGCAAUUUAAUAGAAAUGUUGUAUCUACAUGGUCAUCUGGUACUGGUGGUGCUGGUUUAAUAGGAUCUUUAUCAUAUGCUGCAUUAAGAUCAGCUGGUGUUAAUACUUUAAUAACAAUGCUUAUUAUGUUAAUUGUACCCGGAUUAGAAUGUGUUGCAUUUUGGAUAAUUCUUAGAAAACCAUCAAAAAUAGUUUUACCAACUUCAAAUUUAGAAAAUUCUUAUGAUAUUGAUAAAAUUAAAAUGCAAGAAAAAACUGAAAAUGAAAUUAAUAAUGAUGAGAAACCAUUAGUAACACUGAAAGAAAAAAUUUAUUAUAUUGUAUAUUUACUUAGAUAUAUGAUCCCAUUAACGGUGGUUUAUUUAGCUGAAUAUUUCAUAAAUCAGGGUUUGUUUGAGUUGGUAAAUUUUAAAAAUACAAGCUUAGAUAAAGCAUCACAAUAUCGUUGGUUAAAUGUUGAUUAUCAAAUUGGUGUAUUAAUAUCCCGUUCAACCGUGAAUUUGUUUUCUGUUAGCAAAAUAGUUUUAUUCCCAAUAUUCCAAAUGAUAAAUGUAAUUUACUUUUUAAAUGAAGUUAUUUUCUAUAUUACACCAACAAUUUGGAUUGUUUUUGUUAUUGUUUUAUGGGAAGGUUUAUUGGGUGGAGGAGCUUAUGUCAAUACAUUUUAUAAAAUGUCAAAAGAUAUACCAGUUGCUAGAAGACAAUUUGCAUUAAGUGUAGUUGCAAUAGCAGAUUCAAUUGGAAUUACUUUAGCCGGAUUUAUAUCGCUACCUGUUCAUAAUGCCAUUUGUCAUAUUCCAGAACCACAAAGAUUAUAUGAGUUUUAAAAAGUGUAAUCAAAAAUGUUUUACUAAGUAUUAUUUGUUAUAUGUGUAUAUUAUUAGUUUAAUUUCGAAAAGUGAUAAGUUAUUUGUUUUUUUUUUUAGUUUUCUUUUGAAGACUGAUAACAAACACCUUUUUUAACAAAUAUGUAAUAUUAUAAGAAUUGCAUAAAUAAUUUAAGAUAACUAAGAUUUGGAAAUUAAUUUUGAUGUACCUUAAUUUUUAGUUUUAUUACGUUUAGUUUUUAAUAAUAAAUUUUGAUUAUAAGAUUUUAUAACACAAUAGUGUAUAACUUUUUCAUUAUAUAAAGCAAUUACUUAAGUAAUUUAAUUAAGCUCUUAAG